AUGGGAACCACUUUCAAACCGACAGAAAAUGAACAGGAUAAAGUAAAUGUGCGAAGAAGUGAAUGGAACCAGGGAAAAAUGAUGUUGAAUGACCUACGGUUACAACAUCAAUCACAUAAGUUGUUCCUACUAAGUAAUGACGGUGCACGAUGUAACGAUGGCUCACCAGCUGG